AUGAUGAUGGAGUUUCUACUGAUCAGCUUUUCUGAUGUAUGGGAACUACAAGUUUUGCAUAUUGUAUCCUUCUCUCUGAUGUAUUUUAUGACUCUCAUUGGGAAUUUUCUCAUUGUUAUUGCUACCACUCUGGACAAGAGCCUUCAUACCCCUAUGUACUUCUUUCUCAGGAAUCUCUCCAUCUUGGAUGCAUGUUACAUUUCUGUAACAGUUCCUAAUUCAUGUGUCAACUUCCUGAUCAACAACAGUGUCAUUUCAAGGGCUGGCUGUGUAGUUCAGGUUUUCCUAGUGAUUUUCUUCGUAUAUUUGGAAAUGCUGUUCCUCACAAUUAUGGCCCGAGACCGCUUUGUGGCUAUCUGCCAGCCUCUCCACUAUCCUGUAAUCAUGAAUCCUCGGGUCUGCAUACAGAUGACAGUGGCUUCCAUUCUCAGUGGUCUGGUCUAUUCUGGAUUCCAUGCAGGCAACACGUUCAGGCUGCCCUUUUGUCAUUCUAAUGUUAUUCAUCAAUUUUUCUGUGACAUUCCCUCUCUGCUAAAGCUCUCCUGCUCUGACACCUUUAGCAAUGAGAUCACUAUCCUUAUCUCUGGUCUUGUGAUUGGUGGAGUUUGUUUCUUCUUCAUAAUCAGGUCUUACAUUCACAUAUUUACUACUGUACUCAAGUUCCCAAGUGGAGCAGACAGAGCAAAGGCCUUCUCCACCUGCAUUCCUCAUAUUCUUGUGUCCCGACAAAAAUGUCUGGGCUGUCCGCAUGAAAAGCGUUCCCCUCCCUGCUUUAACCGAGGGGAAAGGAAAGAAGAGAUUACCCUGCCAAUGGGCCUCUUUCAUAGCAGCUUGGAGGCAGGAACGCCGAUGCACAGACUAACUUUUUUCCCCUUUAAGCCGCGGUCGGCGGCAAUUAUAAAACCAGUCUGGCUCUUUGCAACCAAUGGCUUCCUCCUUUACAGAGCAAUGAAGACUCAUCACAAUCACAAAAAUCAUUCUCAGACCCAUCAAGCAAAUCAGUUUCAGCACGAGUACAGCUUGUUUAACAAUAUACCAAUAAGUGAUAGCAUUAUUCAGGAACAGGAUCAUCGCUGUGAUCUCUAUGAUCUAUAA